GCAGCUAUACAAUAUACAAAUUUCCGUCAAUUUCUGUUGAUUUUUAUCUUUAAAUUAAAAUAGCUUAUUUGUAGUAAAUUUAUCAAUUAAAUUUUUAUUUUCAUAUUCAAUUCCCCUUAAUCGAAAUCCAGAGUGGUACUAUGUUAAGAGGUUUUGUAAAGCAAAACACUCGACAACCUAUACAAAAUUCUUGUAAUGGCGAAAUGAACUAUGAUAAUUUUGAUAGUGAUAUGGAUUUGGAGGCUGAAUAUUUUGAGGAAAGUGACGAUUAUACAAAUGAAGAUGAAUUUAAUGUAAGGAAAGAUAAGAGUUUUGUUACAGAAGAAGAAAGGGAAAAGAAAAAUGAAAGGAAAAAAAAUAGAAGAAUAUGGGAGAAUAUUGAAUGUACGAAAAGAUUAUUAGAAUUAUACAAAAAAUUUAAUCCUAAAGUCGGUAGGUGCGGUCAAUUUACAAAAAAACACCAAAUGUACAAAUACAUGGCAAAAAAAAUUAAUGAAGAAUUCGGGUUGAAAUACACGGGGGAUCAAGUAGCUAGCAGGGUAAGAAAAUUUGUCUCAAGAAAGGAUGACCCAUCAAAAUUGAAUGACUUCGACAACAGAUCUAGAAAUUCGAAAUUUAACACUAACUCUGAAAUCGAUAUUUCUAAUUACAACUUGGAAAGCAUGUUUGAUAGUGAAGACGAUGAAAAAUGUUCUGAAGCAGACAAUGAGAGAAAUGAACAGGAAGGUAGCUCCUCAAAAGCAGAGUUCACAAAUCAACAAUCAAAAAAAUUAAUAAAAUUGUAUAAUAUGUUCGUACCAAAUGUAGGAUGCAAUGGUCAAUUUAGAACUAAAAAGGAAAUGUUUAAAGCCAUUAGUGAAGAAAUGCAACAUGAAUUUAACGUAAAAUAUACUCCGCUACAAGUCGAAUCGAGAUACAGAAAUAUACGACGAAAGGCAAGAAAUAUAAUAUCUCGUGCGAAUCAAUUAAAUUCUAUAGAACAAAAAAUUAAUAAAAAUCGAUUAGAGUACAUAGACACAAGUAGUGCAAAACUAACACAUGACUCAGAUCUAGAAAAUGAUAGUCGAGAUGGAUUUAUGUUAAAAAACGAAUUCGUUGAUGAAGAUGAUGACUACUCAUCGUUUCAUCAGAAACCUGUUAAAGUAGAGACACAAAUUUUAGAAGACGAUGAAGAAAGUAGCUCCUGCAAAACAGAAAUUGACAAAGAUGAUGUUGAACUGAACAAAAUAGAAAAUCUCGCUCACAAAAUUUUUAAAUUUUGUGAUAAAGAUUUAAUGAAAGAAUAUUUGAAAUUUAAAGAAAAGAAAAUGAAAAUAGAGGAAAUCAGACAUAAUGAAAUUAUGGAACAAUUACGAAAAAUGAAUCAAACUUUAUUGGAAAUUCAACAACAGAAUUAUUAAAAGAACGAUUUAUCUUUUAUGUAAAUAAAGGAAAAAAUAAAAUAAUUGCUCAAUUAAUGACUACAGAUUAAUAGUUUUUCUAAGCGUCUCAAUGUUACUUGGAUUUCCAAAAAGAAAAAUAAAUCUUACAUAUUCUAUAGAGACCGAUAUUCUAGGAACCUGUGUACAUUUACAUGUAUACAUAUUGUAUACAGUUUAUGAGCCAUUUCAUUGCGACAACAAUUGAACAUGAAAAAUCAAUUUUUAAUCAAAUAAAAAUAUUUGAUAAAUAUGUUUAAAGCUUACUUUCAAUAAUUUUUUAUAUUUAUAAUAAUCUAUUUUAAAUUAAA